UAUUGUUAGUUCCCUGCUCAUCAUCUGAAUCUCCAAGAGCAGAUUGAUAAGAACUGUUGAAAUAAGCAAUAAGAAUAGUUGAAAACGCAUGGCACGCAUAGAAAGGCGAGUCCCACUUUAUUUGUUUUUGAGUGCUGUCCUUUGACCCCACCCACAUGUCAUUUGGCCCUCAGAAGUUAGCCAGAUAAGGGAAUAAAUGUGCUCUGAAAUGGGUUUGGGCAGGAGAGCAACUCUUGAGGAACCCUAGGUUAGGCCCUCCACUAUAACCCAAUGCUCAGAUAACACUCAGUAUAAAUGAGUCACUUGUCAAUCACAGUUCUGACUUCAUUCCUUGAUUGAAAACUCUGAAAGGCAGGAGCAACCAGGCUGAUUCAUCUCUCAGAAAGACCAACAGUUCCCUGCACAUUUUGCAUGGUCACUUUCCCUCUAGGAGGGCUGGAGACUUACUUCUCCUUCUCCUUUUGAUAGAAACCUCAGAGUCUGGGUUGUGGUGCAGUCCAGAGCUGGCUCUUCCAAAACUCAUACAUACUUCCUCACGGAACAUUUUUCUCCUCAAGGCAAUAUGUCAGUUUUGUAACAGAACAAUGUAUUUGCUUUGUAGAAUUUGCAAGGACCUGUAAUUCGGACAGACAGAACUUGGCAGAAGAUCAAGGGAUUCCUUCAUCUCUCUUGGAGGCUUCAUGAGAGCACAGAUGGAUGAGAAAAACGCAGCUGGCCCUGAAGCAGGAAGAAGCCAUGCCAUCAGAACCGGGAGCCGUGGGGGAUUUUGGGAAAAAACUGUGCAGAAGAUCCUGAGUGAGGAGGACACCCUCUGCUCAGAGGCUCAGAGCCAGCAGUUCAGGCAGUUCUGCUUCCAGGAGGCCAAAGGACCUCGAGAGGUUUGCAGCCGACUCUACAACCUUUACCAUCAAUGGCUGAAGCCAGAAAGGCACACAAAAGCUGAGAUGCUGGACCUGGUGAUCUUGGAGCAGUUCCUGGCUGUCCUUCCACCGGAGAUGGAAAGUUGGGUGAGGGAAUGCGGAGCGGAGACCAGUUCCCAGGCAGUGGCCCUGGCCGAAGGUUUCCUCCUGAGUCAGGCAGAGGAGAGAAAGCAGGCAGAGCAGCAGAGACAGGAUCUGUUUGCAGAAAUGGGCCCAGAUUCCUCUGAGACCAAAAGGACUCCGUUGGACACCAGAGAGAGGCUGCUGGGUGACCAGAUGAUGCCAGCAAGACCUUCUCUUCCAUCUAUUCCUGGUGGGGAAGGAGAAGCAACGGCUGUGGAAGCAGCUCAGGGUCCAGUGUGCUUUGAAGAUGUCGCUGUUCAUUUCACAGAUGAGGAAUGGGCAUUGCUGGAUCCAGACCAGAGAGCUCUGCAUAAGGAAGUCAUGGAGGAGAAUCAUGGGAUCGUGGCCUCUCUCAGUGGUGAUGAUUUGGAAAUUGAGAGCGAGGAUGCCCAUGACAGAAUCCACACAGUGGAGAAGCCAUUGCCACUCUUGGAGUGUGGAGAGAGCUUCAGUCACAGCUCCCAUUUGACUACCCACCAAAGAAAUGCUAUUGAGAAGAAACCCUCUCAGUUCUCUGAAUGGCGGGAAACUUUCUGUUGGAAUGAAAGCCUCACUUCACAGGAAAUAAUUCACACAGGGGAAGACCCACUGAAAUACUUGGAAUGUGGAAAGAGCUUCAGUACGAGUGUACAUCUCAUUUCACAUCAAAUAACUCACAGCAGGGAGAAACCCUAUCAGGGCUUGGAUUGUAGGGAAAGCUUUAAUACAAGCACAACCUUCCAUAAACACCAGAGAAUUCACAGGGGGGAGAAGCCAUUUCAAUGCCAAGAGUGUGGAAAGAGCUUCAGUCAAAGCACCCAUCUCACAGCCCAUCAAAUAAUUCAUACAGGUGAGAAACCCUAUCAGUGCUCGGAAUGUGGGCGGAGCUUUAAUCACAGGGCGAAUCUCACAACCCAUCAAAGAAUUCACAGUGGUGAGAAACCCUAUCAGUGCUCAGAAUGUGGGAAGAGUUUCACUGUGAGCUCCGGUCUCGCUUCCCACCAAAGAAUUCAUACUGGGGAGAAACCCUAUCAAUGCAUGAAUUGUGGAAACAGCUUCAGUCAGAAGGCAAGUCUCAUUUCCCAUCAAAGAAUUCACAGUGGUGAGAAGCCCUAUCAGUGCUUGGAAUGUGGGAAGAGCUUCAGUCGGAAGCAAAAUCUCACUUGCCAUCAAAGAAUUCACACUGGUGAGAAACCCUAUCAGUGCUCGGAAUGUGGAAAGAGUUACUGCCAUAGAGCCAAUCUCACUUCCCACCAAAGAAUUCACAGUGCUUGGAACGUGGAAAGAGCUUCUGUAAAAGCGCCCAUCUCGCUACCCAUCAAAGCAUUCAUACCGGGGAGAAAUCCUAUCAAUGCUUGGAUUGUGGAAAGAGUUUCCUCCAGAGAGCCGAUCUCACUUCCCACCAAAGAAUUCACACAAGGGGAAAACCAUAUCAGUGCUUGGAAUGUGGAAAAACCUUUAGUCACUGUGCCAAUCUCGUGGCACACCCAAGAAUUCACAGUGGGGAGAAACCCUAUCAGUGCUUGGAAUGUGGGAGAAGCAAAGUCUCCCUUCCCAUCAAAGAAUUCACAGUGGUAAGAAACCAUCAGUGCUUGGAAUGUGAAAAGAGCUUCGGUAAGAGGACCAAGCUCAUGGUCCAUCAAAGAAUUCAUACAGGGGAGAAUCAUAGAAUUUUAGACCUGCAGGAGACCCCUGGGUCGUCUAGUCUACUGCAGGACUCUCAACUCAAGCUUCCAUGACAUAUUGCCUUCUCCUUACAACUUCUCCUUACAAACCUCCAAGGAAGGAGAGUCCACAACCUUCCAAGGGCAUCUCUAAUUUGAAGCCAUUGGUUUGGGUCGCAGCCUCCAGAGCUGGUGAAAACAAGCUUGUUCAAUCUUCCACGUGAUAGUCCUUCCUGUUCCUCAGAAGGCUUGGUUUCCCAACUCUUAAUUGUCUUGGUCACCCCCCCUCUGCACACCUUCCAGCUUGUCAAAAUCCUUCUUAAAUUGGGGCAUCCAGAACCGGACACAGGACUCCAGGUGUGGUCUGAAGAAGGCAGAAGUGGGGCUGUUACUUCUCUUGAUCUGGACACUUGACUUCUUUGGACGCAACCUAGAAUAACAGCCUUUUUUGCUGCUGAAUCAUACUGUUGACUCAUGUUAGUCUAAGACCCCUUUACCACAUGCACUACUGGCAAGCCCGGUAUCCCCCAUCUUAUAUUUGUGCAGCAAAUUCUUCUUGCCUAAGAGCAGAAUCUUACCUUUCUGCUUAGUGAAAUUUAUUGGAUGCCUUUAUAUACCACCUGUUUCUUCAAGAAGCUCAGUGUGGUCUUAAGUCAUUCUCUCCCUCAUUGUUUAAUCCUGACAUCAACCCUGUUAGGUAGGUUGGGCUGUGAAGCCAUCACCCAGUGAGCUUCAUGGCUGAGUGGGGAUUUGAACCCAGGUCUCCCAGUUCCUAGUCCAAAACUCUUAAGCACUGCACCCCACUGGCUCUCGAAUGAGACUCUUGGAAAGUGCAUGCAUGCACAUUUAUUGAAAGUUUCAGUGCAAUGUCUUGGUGUUUGUAGUUAAAGUUUUAUACGCAUGUAUCAAUGACAUUAAUAUAUUAAUGGUAAUUACAGUAGAAGAGUAAAUUUUAGGUAAUGCUAAACAGCGAUAGGGUUAGUUUGGAAUGCUGGGAUUGAAAAAUUGAACAAUUGAACAAUUUCCACAUGAAUCACAAGAAGAUCUAAAAUAUAAAUACAAAACGGCAACAGCAACAACCCCCGAAAAAGCUCCAUGUCAUGUAUUGAUGAAGUUGUUAGAAAAUUUAUUAUGGGAAAGGGGGUAAAAGUCUUAAAAGUUCAUGCAACCAUCUUCUCAGGGUUCCUACUCUUUGUGUGAAUGAACCUUGUUGCUACAAAUAAAGAUCAGGUCUACUGACCGCUGUUUUGCUCCUUUAA